GUACUUCAUACAUGCAUAUUAUUCCCUUAAUCGUCUUAUAUCACAGCAACCAGACACAACAACAAUCAUAUCUCAAGCAACAUGGGCAGCCUUCCUUCUCCUAUUCCCGUCGUCAUCAUUGGGGGUGGCCCCGUCGGCCUCUGUCUGGCCCUCGAUCUCGGUCGGCGUGGCAUCCACUCCACGCUGAUCGAGCGGCAACCCGGCACGGCCACAGAGCUCCAAGCCAAGGCCAGCGUCAUUGACGAGCGAACAAUGGAAUUCUGUCGCCUCCUGGGUGUUCGCGACGGGAUUGCCCACGCGGGCUAUCCGGCCGACUUGCCUGGCGACACGGUCUUCUGCACCGCUCUAUCCGGGGGCCACUACAUCGGCCGCCUCUCCAUGGACUCAGCUCAGACCCGCGUCCGUCCUCCCCAGGCUGCGGAAAUGCUGCGUCGCUGCCCACAGAUCUGGUUCGACCCGGUGUUCGCAGACGCGGUGGCGAAACAGGGCAUGACGGAGGUGCGGUACUCGACAGAGCUUGUGGAGUGCAUCCAGCAUGAAGAGGCCGGGUAUGUGCUCUGUCGCGUCCGCAAUCUCGCCGACGGGAGCACGGAGGAGCUCCGCGCGCAGUACGUCGUUGCAUGCGACGGUGCGGGAAGCGAAGUGCGCCGAAGCCUGGGAAUCGCUUUCGAAGGCAAGGAUCUCGGAUACGCGAUUAGUGCGAUCGUCCGCGUGGAUCUGGCCCGACAUCACACUUUCACCCCGGGAGCAGAACGCUUCCUGUUCCUCGGGCCGGAGGGCACGUGGGGGAACUUCACCACAAUCGAUGGCCGCACCCUCUGGCGGUUUUCCAUUGUCGGCGGCAAAGAAAAACGAGAUCUGAAGACGUUGGAUAUGGACUCGUUGUUAUGCAAGGCGUUCGGGGAGGAUGCGGGCAAGGUGGAGUAUGAGAUCCUGCAGGUCGUGCAGUGGCGCCGGAGUCAGUGUACCGCGGACCGAUAUCAUGCGGGGAGAAUCUUCCUGGCCGGGGAUGCGGCCCAUACAAUGUCGCCCACGGGCGGGCAUGGGCUGAAUACCGGGAUUGGGGACGCGAUGACGCUGAGUUGGAUGCUGCAGGCGAUGUUGGAAGGGUGGGGCGGGGCGGGGUUAGCGGAGGCGUAUACGGCGGAGCGGAGACCCGUGGCUCAGCGGAAUGGAGCGGGAUCCACCCGCAACUUUGCCAUUUGGACAGAUAAAGCUGGCAGGGAUCGAGUGUUGGAGGAUGGGGUGGAGGCAGAUGAGCAGCGAAAGGUGCUCGGGCAGAGUAUGGCGGCCAGUAUGCGCCAGGAGUUCCAGUCGCUGGGGUUGGCUUUGGGGUAUGAUUACGCUCAGUCCCCGCUGGUGGUUGGGGACGGGUCUGCCCCUCCGCCGAAUGAACCGGAUGUGUAUAUUCCCUCUGCGCGGCCUGGCCAUCGGGCGCCUCACCACUGGCUCGCCGAGGACAAGUCAACCCUGGAUCUUUUUGGUGGUGGGUUCGUCUUGCUGCGCUUGGGGUCGGAGGUAGAGAGAGAUGAGGAGAUCACGGAGGUGGCGGAGAAAAUUCACCUGCCGUUGGAAAUUGUGACCCUCAGAGAUCCGGAGGUAAUUAGGAUCUAUGAAAGGCGCUUGGUCCUGGUGCGGCCAGAUGGCAUGGUCGCCUGGCGUGGUGAUGAGCUCCCUGAGAACCUCAACACUUUGCUGGAUUCUGUACGCGGAGCUGCCACAGCUGUCAAGUCUCUCGACUGCCCUUCUACAGAGUAG